AGCAUGUAAAUAAAAACACUAAAGAAUCUUCAGAGCUUCUCUUCGGAUUUUAACUGAUUAUUUGGAUAUGUCAGAAGAAAAUAGUGAUAAUAAAGUUAUACUGCCUCACCACGAGCAGCAGCAGCUGUGCACUACGCGGCUGCCUUACCGCCAAGGUCGCAAAUUAACUGCUGUUAAGGUAUACACGAUCAACAGUGAAUCUAACCACCUCCUAAUAUUCGGGGUUCCAUCGCUCAAUCUGCGGCAAGAAGCUAAAGCCCUUUUUCAGAAAUUUGGAAGGUUAAAAUCAUUUACUUUGGCUAAAGACUACAAAAGUGAACAAUUUACUGAGACUUGCCAUGCUGUUUUUGAGAAAAUACAAUCAGCCAGAGUAGCUAAGAGGAUGUUGGAUACUAAAAACUUCUAUGGAGGUUCGUUGCAUAUAACCUACGCUCCGGAAUUGGAAGAUGUAGACGAAACCAGAAUAAAAUUAUUGCAAAGGAAACAUGAUGUUUUAACUCGGCUGAAAAAUUUGCAAAAUGAAGAAGUUUAUAUAGAAAAAAAAGUUGAAACCCAGCCAGAAGUUGAACAAAUAGUGCCGAAACUAAAUAUGGGCGAAACUAAUGUUAUAUCUCUAGAUGGUUCUGUUAGAAAACGAAAACUUAAAGGACAUGUUGAAGAGAAAAGAUUUAAACCAUGUUUUAUAACAAAUGAAGUUAAAGACGUAAGUAAAAGUACUGUUAACUUUGUAGAAACACUUCCAAUAGUAACUGUAGAGAAGCCCCAUAGAUUUGAUAUUGUAGACAAUAACAUAGACAUAGUAGAUUGUACUUCCACAGAUGUAGAAACUAUUACAAAUGUUAAUGAACAUGACAACAUAAAGGAGGGUGUUAAAAUUUUCAAAAUACCAGAAAAACCUUUAAAUAAAAUCAAAUUUAAUGUAAAUAAAAAGAGUUGAGUUUUAAUAAUAGUUUUAUUUCAACUGGGU